UGACAACUUUUUUUUAUCCCCAAUUUCCGUUUGUAUUCAAACACUCGGAGCAGAUAGUUUUGGUGGACAAGUAUAAGUACUCCGUGGGAUAUUUCAGUGCGUUCAGUACGAGGAAUAUCUUCGUUGAACUUUGGUUGGUAUCUAGUCUGGAAAUUUUUCCUCUCGAGAUUUCGUUUUGUUCGAGAGCUCCUGGGUGGAAUGAGUGAAUCUUCGUCGGUGCACGACCUCAAAAACGGAAGAUCUCGAGCAAAAAAAUUACGGAGGGAUUGAAGAAGAGGGAAAUAAUUUGUUUCGCACGAAAGGAAACAAAAUUUUUUAUAGAAAAAAAAGGAACGUUAAUUACAAUAAGAGCAUCAUGUCGAUAAAUAUACGCUGCGCCAAUAGCAACGAUCUUCUCAACAUCCAGCAUUGCAAUUUACAAUGUUUGCCAGAGAAUUAUCAGAUGAAAUAUUACCUUUAUCAUGCUUUGUCGUGGCCACAAUUGAGUUAUGUCGCAGAGGAUGAGAAGGGUAGAGUGGUGGGCUACGUACUGGCAAAGAUGGAAGAGGACUGCGAGGAUAAUCCGCAUGGUCACAUAACGAGUUUAGCGGUCAAACGAUCUCAUAGACGUCUGGGAAUAGCACAGAAACUCAUGAAUCAAGCAUCUCGAGCUAUGGUCGAAUGUUUCGAAGCGAAUUACGUCUCCUUACACGUAAGACGGAGUAAUCGAGCUGCCCUCAAUCUUUACACGAGCAGUUUGCAAUUCGAAGUUUCGGACGUUGAACCCAAAUACUAUGCGGACGGAGAAGACGCUUAUGCUAUGAAACGCGAUCUCAGCAGCUUCCAGCAGGAAAAAAAUGCUGCAAAGGAAAACGUUACGAGAGAUACGAGCGCCCAUACUCACACGGGAAGAUGCUGCGAUCAUUCUUAGAAGUGACGUAUAACUAUUUCCAUGCUGUGAAAAUUCUAAGGAUCUAAUGAGGAAAAUAACGUCCGUGUUGGCGCGAUCGAUUGAAGGUCCGUGUUGCAUCAGAUGAGUUGACUGUACCACAGAAUUCAGGUGGAUGGAAGUUCUUUAAUAUAGAAAUAUUGAUAAUAAAAAGAGAUGAUUCAAA